GUCCCCACCAAAUCUCCUUCGUUUAACGCCUCAGCACACGCCCUGCCCAAGCUCUUCUUCCAGCCCAAAUCCCCAGCCAGCAGCAGCACAAGACAUCUAUCCAGCAAUGGCGUCCACCUCCUGCUUCCUCCACCAGUCCACCGCCCGCCUCGCCGCCUCCGCCCGCCCCUCCGCCGCCCGCACCCAGAUCCUCGUCUGCAAGGCCCAGCAGCACGACUCCUCCGACGCCGCCACCACCCGCCGCGCCGCCCUCUCCCUCCUCGCCGGCGCCGCCGCCGCCGCCUCCCUCAAGGUCUCCCCCGCCUCCGCCGCCUACGGCGAAGCCGCGAAUGUGUUUGGGAAGCAGAAGAGCACGGAGUUCGUGGCGUACAGCGGGGACGGGUUCAAGCUGAUGAUCCCGGCGAAAUGGAACCCGAGCAAGGAGCGGGAGUUCCCGGGGCAGGUGCUGCGCUACGAGGACAACUUCGACGCCACCAGCAACCUCUCCGUCAUGAUCACGCCCACACCCAAGAAGUCCAUCACCGACUACGGAUCGCCCGAGGAGUUCCUCUCCCAGGUCGGAUACCUCCUCGGCCAGCAGUCCUACGGCGGCAAGACCGACUCUGAGGGUGGGUUUGAGUCGGACGCGGUGGCGACGGCGAACGUGCUGGAGAGCGCGGCGCCGGUGGUGGGGGGGAAGCAGUACUACAGCAUAACGGUGCUCACGAGGACGGCGGACGGGGACGAAGGGGGGAAGCACCAGCUCAUCACGGCCACCGUCGCCGACGGGAAGCUCUACGUCUGCAAGGCGCAGGCCGGGGACAAGAGGUGGUUCAAGGGCGCAAAGAAGUUCGUCGAGAACGCAGCCGGUUCAUUCAGCGUCGCUUAAAAGGAAUUCAUAUAUAUCCUGUUCGUACGUCGAAUUUGCUCAGGGAUGCACACCAUUUAAGUGUAGAAGAGAUAUGUCGAGCAUACUGUAAGAGUGUGUUUCUUUGAUUUGUACAUGAGAAGGUCAGAGGUCGAUUUAAUUCCCUCAAGGAUUUAUGCAUGCAUGUAUGGACAAUAAUGCUGCCUAAGAAAUCGUAGUUAUAAUAUGUUUCGGUUUU